AUGGGAAAGACGUAUUAUUCGAUUUUUAAAGCGACAACAUUUUGGAAAAAGUUAACGAAAAAGGCAUUGAACUUACUGAGGCCUUUAAAUGAACAUUUAAACACAAUUGUUCCUUUUGUGAUUAUUGGAAACGAAGGUUUUGCAUUAAAUGACAAUUUAUUAAGGCCUUAUGGAGGGACACAUUUAGAUAAGGACAAAUUAAUUUUUUACUAUCGAUUGACUAGAGCUAGAAGGAAGGAAGGAAGGAAUGCGCUUUUGGUAUCUUAUUAAAUAAAUGAAAAAUAUUCCAUAGGUUUUUGGACUUAAAUAUAGAAAUAGCUAUUUGUAUAGUAAAAGCAUGCACAGUACUACAUAAUUUUCUUUGACAAAAAGAUGGUUUUGAUUUCGAAAGAACCCUAAUAGAACCAGAAAUAAAUUAUUUCCCUAAUAUACCAAACACACAAUCAAUAAGAGGAGGCAGUUCAGCAAACUCAAUCAGGGCAACAUUUACGAACUAUUUUGUCUCUGAAGCUGAAUCAGUUCCUUGGCAAGAUGAAGCCAUAGGUACUUAACUUCAGUCGCAGAAUAAAAGUACGCCAUCUAUUACCAUUACUUUUUUAAAAAUUAAUUGUAUUAAUUAUUUCUUAACUUAUUAUCAUAAUGUGAAAAGACUAAAUAAAGAAUUAUGUAAAAUAUUUGUUUUGUAUUAGUUGAAAUUUGCAAAUAUUAAAACAUACAAAAUUAUAAUAACCUACCAAAAUCUUGCUUUUCUUUCUAUUCCAACACAGGAAAGUUUUAAUUUAGAAUACUGCAUAUCUCUUAUCCAUGCAUUUUUUUAUUGGCAAAUCAAAUAUUUUAAAAUAAAAUUUCUUAAAUAAAUAUUUAUACGAUUUUUUUUAUCUGAAUUUUUAGCAAAAAUGAAAAUAACAUGCAUAAUUUAUAUAUUAUUCUAUAAAUUAAUUUGAAAAAAUAUUAACAAUAAAAUAAUUAAAUAAAUAAAUUAAAUAGGCUACGGAUUUAAAAAUGUUGUGAAUACGAUUUUCUAUUAUAUAUUUUAUCAGGUACGUCACGAUAUAAAACCCAGCAGUAGUCUAGAUAGGAUUUAGAUAGGACAUUUGUCUUUAAGAUAAGAGCACAACAAUGUAAAUAAACGGCUAAACUAUGUUCUGCCCUUAUUAUGGCUUGUACGCCUUUAUAGGCCCCACGUAUUGGUGCAGCACCAUCAUAGAAUUGUCCUCUAAUUUCUUCAAUUUUGAGCCUAUUAAUUUUCAACACUUCUUUAAUUAAAUCAGUGAGAGAUUCUCUAUCUGUUGAGUUUGUACUAUAAAAUCCCAAAAACACUUUUUUUGGUUCUACAUUAUUUACAUACUUUAAAAAAAAAGACACUUGCUCGUCUCGACUUAAAUCUUAGGUUUCAUCAAUAAGAAUCCUAUAUAUUUCAGCUGACAUAAUUUCUGAUAUAAUCACUCAUUUAGGUCAAAAAUAUAUUUAAAUAUACAUAGUUAAAUGAUUUUUCUUUAUAUAAAUAAUAUCAUUGAAUUAUAUUGUUGUUUUUUGCCCGAAAAGUUAAUAGAUAGCUCAAUAAAGUUACUAUUAUUUAUUGAUUUAGAAUCCUCUUCAUGACCCCUAAUAGCUAUUUCUUGCUUAACACAAUAAAGAAAAGUUUCCAAAAUAUUCUUUAAGUAAUUUCGAUUAUCAGAUAUUACUUGACUAAGAUUUUUGUUAAUUAACCCAAUUAUAUUUCCAGAAUUUGAAUUAAUGAUUGUUUAUAUCCAAUUACUUUACAAAACACCUCUUUAUGUGAAUUGCUUUUUUUAUGAAUGGAAAAUCUUUGAGUUGCUUUCCCCCAUUUAUUAAAUCCACAUGGAAUAAAUGCUGUUUCCAUAUCAACUGUAAGAAAAGCUCGACAAUAAAAACAAAAAGUUGAAUCAAAUUUUUACUAUACUUCCACCAUUCAUAAAACUUAUACCAUUCUAGCCUAAAUGUUCUACCAGAACUACGAGGAGAUGUAAUAUUUACUAGUUGAUAUGGACCCAAUUGCAUUGUUAAAUUUAUAUAAGUUUGUUUUUCACCUUUUGCUAGGUCACGUUCUACAAUAUUGCUUGAUGAAGAGUUUAAAACAUUCUGUUUACAUUUGCAUUUGCUCCUAUAAAAAUAUACAUUCAUAGUUAUACAUUUUAGGUUAAUUCAAUAUAUUAUUUUGUGAAAAUGGUAAGCUCUAUCUAAGAAAUACAAGAAACGGAAAACCCGAACUUUAUAAAGUUUUCUCUCAUAACUUUAAAACAAAGUUCGUUCGCCUUUUUUUACAUUUUUAAUGUACAUGUAAAACCACACAUUUUGAAAAAUAAAAAACUGAAAAUUUGCGUGGCUGCUAAACUAGAUUUGUUCUGAAUAGUUAUAUUAUUAGGUAUGAGUUUUAACAAAUAAUCGUCUACAUUUUAUUUAUAGGUAAUUUUUUUUUAAUCUUUAUUAACUCAUUAGACUUAGAAAACUCAUCUAAUAUUCUUAAAAUGUAUUACAAUUUAUUAAAUAUCUUACAGUUUUUAGUAAAUAGAUAGGUAUAUAUUUAAAAUGUGUAUACAUUAUAAUGUAUAACAAAAAUAAUAAAAUAUUACCUAUAUCAUAUUAACAUUUAAUUUUCACAUAUUAUUUAAAUCUUAAAUAUAAAUUAUAGAAUAGGACCGUUUGAAAAAUAUGUAACAAGUUUAGAUACUUAAUAUAUAAUAAUUUAUUGUUUUAAAUUAUACUAUAGAAGGUAGGUAUAUAAGUGAUAAAAGAUAACAUAUAAUACAAUUAAAAGAUAUAAUAAUAAACUAUUAAAAGGUAUUUUUUUAUUGACCUUAAAUUAUAAUCUAUUAAAGUUUAUAUAUUGACAUUUAAAAUUUAGAUUUGUUCUACGUAAAGUUUAAAGCAUUGUUAGUUAUAGGACAAUUCUCCCCAAUUUAGGACAGUUGGUAACCUUUAUUUUGAUAUGUUUUUCAAAGAGCCACAGAUUGCAUGUUAAGAAGCUCUCAGCCCCUUCUAUAGAUGAAUGUAAUCUCCUGCAAACUUCAAGAAUGUCGAUAGUAAAAACUAUGAAUCUAAGUACAUAUCACCACUUUGGCUUAGAAAAAGUUCUAAUCAACUUUCUAAGAAAUAAUUUUGAUUUCAUUAAAGUAAAAUACUAUGCAUUUUAGAAGUUUUAAUCAAUGUAGAUGGCUUGCCUUUAUCUAAAUCUUCAUCAAGUCAAUUUUGGCCAAUACUAGGAGCUAUCUAUCAAUAUAAUUAUGGUUUUUUAAUUGGACUCUAUCAUAGUAAAAGGGCAAACUUUCCAAUGUAAAGAGUUUUAGAGUCUUUUAGAUUUUAUAAAUGAAGUGCAACAUUUAAUUGAGAAUAGAAUCAUUUAAUUAAAUUUAAUCUCGGACUACACAGGGUCUCCCACGAAAAUUUGACAAAUGCAAUAAUUUUUAUUCUAUUCAAUAUUUUUGUUAUACAUUUUUUUUUUAAAUAAUUAGUAUGCCUCAACGCUACAGUUUGUACAAUUAUUCAAUAUAUUAUUUUGAUAUCGUUAAUCAGAUACCUAUAUUAAUACAUAUACAACAUACAAAUAUAGUCCAACAAUAACUACACUAAAUAAUACAAAUCACCAACAUUUAUGUAAUAUAAAAAUAUACAAUUUAAGUUAUCUGAAUCAGUUAAUAAUAAUAAUUACUCAAUAGUCCGAAUGAAAAAAAUGCUCGAUUUAUUUUUCUUAAUCAGACAUUAAUAUAAAUAAUAUAUUAUACGACAAGCUACAUUAUUAUACUAUUUUAGAAUGAUGCAUACAACAUAUUAUUAUUUAUUAAAUAUGCCAUCAAUAAAAUACUAAUGUGCUCUGUUUAAAAAUGUUACGUGAGUUAAACGUGUACAACCCUACAUAAAUAGUAUAUAGGCAUACGCAUUGAUUAUUAAAUCAAAGGUAGGUUUAAGCAAAUACUUUAAUAUUAUAAUAAAAUAAUAUUUAGUAAAGGUAUUAGUAUGAUAUUAAUGACAUUAAUCAAUGAACAAUAUACAUUUAAUGUACUAGUGUGAUUUACUUAAAUAUGUCAGUAUGUACUCAGUAUUUACUGUCGAAUGUCCGGUGACCUAUGUGGGAUUUAUAUUUUAUAACUGUAAUUUAACACUUACUCAUGCAUUAUAGUUAUAUACGAAUUUUACCCGUUUUUUUUUUGGGGGUUUUUCGCAUUUGAUGAGAAAACUUGAAAAUAUCGAAAAAUAAACCGCUUAAAGUACCCCCCCUCCACAUCGAUUUCCUUUCAAAAACGGUGCUAUACGUAAAAAUCAGAACAAUUCCUCUGGUAGCAAAGUUGUCCACAGAAAAAAAUAAUAAUCUUUAUAAAACCAUAGUCUUCUUUGCUCCACUAAGAAUCUUAAAUAUAUUUGCCCUAUAAAAUUAAAUUUAAAAACAAUAAAUUUGUUUAUUGUUAUUUAUUUAUAGAUGAUUAUGAAAAAGCAUACAAUAUGAUGAUUAAAGCAUAUAUAAAAUCAAGUGAGUCAAAUUUGGAGUCAGAUCUUGAAAAAAAGAGAUUGAGGUUUCCGAAAUUUGGAAAUUUUCUUCUUCGAGACUAUUUCCAAUUGAUACCAGCAAAGAGGGUGGUAAUGAAAUAG